UCCAAAACGCCUCCAAAUGUGGUUGCAGAGACGAGGGCUGUGCACGAAGCGGGAAUGGAGAGUCAAACAGGUGACCAAAUCCAACUUCUCCCAAACCCUAGAAUCUCUCAAACCCCAAAUCUCCCAAUCCGACUUCGUGGCCGUCUCUCUCCAGAAAACGGGCUCCUUCUCCGCCCCGUGGCACCGCGUUUUGCCCUUCGACACCCCCCAAACCGCCUACUCCAAGGCCAGGUUCGCCGCCGACAAAUUCCAGGUCUUUCAAUUCGCCGUCUGCCCGUUCUCCGUUAGGGCUUCCAAGGUCGUCGCCCACCCAUAUAACUUUCAUUUGUUCCCUAGGGAUGAGUUAAAAAUAGGGAUGCCAUCUUACAGUUUUUCAUGUCAAACAUCGUAUUUGGCGUCCAUGGCUCGGGAAGGUUUUGAUUUUAAUGUCUGCAUAUAUGAUGGCAUAUCAUACUUAUCCAGAGCGCAAGAGUCUGUGGCAAAUGCUCGAAUUGGGAAUCCAAUACCCAGUAACAAUGUGAAGACAUCGUCUUCUACCCCUUCAGUUGCUGACGCUGUUUUUAUAGAAAGGAUUAAAUCACGGGUUAAACAUUGGAAAAGUGCAUGUAGAGACUCGAGCACAAGAGCAGAUGAGGCUCUAGUGAAGUCCCUGAGAAAACUUAUUUUGGGGAGCGAAGAGUACAGAUCAAGACCAUGCGUCAAUUUGGAUGUUUGUAGUGAACAUCAAGUGCAGCUUGUCCUAGAGGUGCUGGGGGAGUUCUUUGAUGACCUUGUCCCGUUACUAAUCCCAGCAAAGGGUGGGGGAACCCAGGCAGUUCGAGUUAUCUUGACAAGUUCAGAAGAAGACAAGGAUCUUCUGAAGAGGGAACUUCAAGAUCUUGAAGAGGAACAAAACAAGAGAGUUUGUGGCUUUCGAGAGGUGAUCGAUUUGAUUUCUGCUUCCCAGAAACCCGUUGUCUCUCACAACUCCCUUAAUGAGUUUGCAUUUAUUCAUUCAAAAUUCCUUUCUCCUCUUCCUCCUAACAUGGAUGAGUUCAUGUGCUCCUUGCGCAUGGUUUUUCCCCAUGUACUUGAUGUCAACCAUUUGAUGAAGGAGAUUGGCCCUCUGAAAAAGGUCACCAAUUUAUCAGCAGCUGCUUCAUGCUUGAAGAGACGGUUCUUUGUGCCCAUUGAUAUGGAAAUUCCUCACCAAGCUUCAAAUGAAGACAAGAUCCAUGGGCAUAAUGUUUUGAAAAUAAGUCAUUUGCUUGCAAACCUCUGCUCCAUACUUAAAAUCACUCCUGAAAUGAUCCAAUCUGAUGGCGGCCAUCUGGCUUCAGCCCUGGAAGGCUAUGCAAACAUCUUCCAUCCACAUUCUACCAACACUGAAGACCCAAUUGAUGGGGAUAUCAAAGUUUGGACAGAUGACACAAGAAAAGUGAGCAGUGAGGAUUUGGUUUUCAUCUGGGGAUUCAGGGGUAGGAUGUCUGCUGGAGGCCUUAAGAGGCUGCUCCAGGGUUCUCACUCUGUUUUCUCUGAAGAAUUCGAUGUUCGAAUGGUGGAUGGUAGCUGUGCAAUUGUAGUUUUCUGGCAGUCUGGUUUGUCUCAAACUUUUCUAGAAGCCAUCAGUUCCAAUGGGAUUUCCGGACUUUUAAGGGAGAUGGUCUCAGAAGGCCUAAGAGCAGCAGGUUAUGAGACUUACAAAAAAACCUGCAGUCUGGGUUUCUGGGAGGCAGAUUUAGCAGAUUCCUUGGACAAGGCCUUGGCAGAACCUGAUCACAACUCAGAAGCUGAUUCUGAAACAAAGCCAACAGGCCCCUCACAAAUUUACUGGAGUAGAGACUCUAUCAUAAACUUGGAUGAACUUUGAGAUAUAACUUGAGGGCAAUCUGGCAGUAACCCAGAUCUGGAGAUGUGCUUGUAGUGAUAUGCUUCGAACUCUCUUAACUUUUUGGAAAGCCCAGUUCAUGAAAGGGAUUAGUUGAUGAAUGGCACUGUGCUUUGUGUGAGAUCAAGGCUAAUGUGCUAGGCAUGUCUUAUAUUUAUGUUUCAUUUGUAAUUGCAGUCCAGAGGGUGCUUUAUGCUACUGGAUCGAGAUAUUCUUGUACAAUUACUUCGUUGUCAGAAAGCUUCAAGGGCUUACAUUAAUAGAAAUGGAACUUACAUUGGAAAGA